AGUAUUGCGUGCUGGAAGGACUUACGGAUUCACAGGUGGAUUUGGGUAAACGAGCGGGCAGGCGAUGGAGACUAAUGAGCUGCCCGGUUAGGGACCAGAACGCCUCCGCCCCAAAACUAAAAGACACUCAAAUACGGCUCACUUGCCUCUGCUACAAUCAGUGAUUUGAUUCUCCAUAAAACCACCGACUGUCCUUGUCGAUGCUCCUAACUGCCUCAUCGCUCUCUGGGGAGUGCUGAGAAGACUUUAGAAAUCACAUGGGGUGCCGCGUGACGUCAUACAGGGCGACGGAAAAGAGAAUGUAAACGAGAGAAAAGGCUGUCAUCGAGUGUUUGCAAGAGAACUGAAUCGCAUCACCGAGAGGCAGGCAGAGGACAAGUGCUCGGGGACUUGAGGACGCCGCUUUAUAGCUGUGGAGAAAGAAAAUAAAAAGCUGCCUUUAAUUGUAAAGUCUAGAUGGAUGUAAAAGAGGAGAUGUGUGAGGCUGACCUAAAUACCAUGGAGAUAACAACUGUGAGUAUUAAAGAGGAGGAACGUGAAGGGGAGCCUGUCCACCCUAAACAGGAGAGCCUGCACAUUAAGGACGAGGAUUGUGAAUUUGGGUCAGUGGGCAUUAAAGAAGAGGCUGUAGAGAAGUGUGUCAGCCUUGAGACGCACAUCCAUACAACUAUGGCGAGUGUCAAGGAAGACAACCUUCAUGAUUUCUGUCAAGAUGGACAGGUGACCGGGCUAGUCUCUUCUCAAAGCAGACACUGCUCUUCUCCGAAGCCUACUAUAGGUGUGAAGUCUGAAUCAUUGCAGUCUGAAACGAAGAGGACUGAGGACAUUUCUCUUGUUAGAACUUUGGAAGAUCAGUCACCAUCUAAAAAUCAGUCAAGAAGAAGAGACAAAUCACACUGCUGUUCUAAAUGUGGCAAACAAUUUUCUUCUUUAAGAAAUCUUCAGGGUUGCACAAGAAUUCAUGCAGGAGAGAAGGUAUAUUGCUGUUUGGAAUGUCGCAAACAAUUCCUUGACAAAAGUUCUCUUCAGAAAAGCCCUGAUAUUCACAGAGGAGAGAAACCGUAUUGCUGUUCUGAAUGUGGCAAACACUUUUCAUUGAAGUGCACCCUUCAGAGACACACAAGAACUCACACCAGAGAGAAGCCAUAUUGCUGUAUGGACUGUGGCAAACAAUUUUCAUUGAAGAGCAACCUUCAAAGACACACGAGAAUUCACUCCGAAGAUGAGAUGUAUUGUUGUUCUGAAUGUGGGAAACGAUUCUCCCAAAUUGAGAAUCUUCAGACCCACACAAGAAUUCACACCGGAGAGAAGCCCUUUUGCUGUUCUGAAUGUGGCAAACAGUUUACGGCCAAGAGCAGUUUUCAGAGCCACAAAAGAAUCCAUACAGGAGAGAAGCCGUAUUACUGUUCGGAAUGUGGUAAGCGGUUUUCGCAGUGGAGCAGUCUUCAGUGCCACAAAAGGAUCCAUACGGGAGAAAAGCCAUACUGCUGUUCAGAAUGUGACAAGCGGUUUUCUCAGUGGAGCAGUCUUCAAGGUCACAAGAGAACUCAUACGGGAGAAAAGCCGUAUUGCUGUUCUCAAUGUGACAAGUGCUUUUCCCAAUGGAACAGUCUUCAGGGCCACAAAAGAAUUCAUACAGGAGAGAAGCCAUAUGGCUGUUCUGAAUGUGGCAAGCAGUUUUCACACAAGUGCAAUCUUCAAAGCCACAAAAGAAUUCAUAGCGGCCCCACCACAAUGGAAUAGACAAGACCACACAAAGGUACUGUAGCAAGGAAAAAACAAGGAAAACGCACAAUCCAGUGGAAACUCAAGGAGAUCAUGGUCUGCUGCUUCAAUGCAAGUGAGCCUGGAUAUGCCAGGAGGAUUAAUGUAAAACUGUAAUGCAGGAAUGUAAUCUUGAGUUCUAAAUUGGAUAACUGGCAUGAAUUUAAGAGAUCUAAUUACAAUUAUUAAAGAAGGAAAACCAAAAAAGUAAAAACAUAUUAGAGUAGCUUCAAAGUACAGCAAAAGAAGAACCAACAUGAACACAUCAACAGCCAAGUUUAGUUGCAACACAGAUAUUAAGAUAUUGGAAGGAGGAGGUGAAGGCAAGGAUGGCAGUUAAACAAAUUGAAAGUGACAGCGGAAGUUUUCAUUAAUACAAUUUAUUAACAUCCACUGAAUAUAUUGACCUUGAACAAAAUUUUGUUACCAAAGACUUUGUCCCAGAAGAAAUAUAUAAGUAGUUGGGGUUCAAUGAAGGAGCAGAUCUAAACCUUAAGGCAGUCUGUUGACAGAGAAUACAUCUGUAAAACACCAAACAUUGAAGAUUGAAAGUAACAGUAAAAAGUUUAAGUUCCACAGCAACAAACAUCAAAAGAAAAUCAUUCCAAUGGUCCAUGAAGAAGUGCAACUGGAAUUAAAAAAAAAAUCAAGAGUGCCCCAGAUCUUAAAGAGAACAAGCCAACAAGUACAAAUGACACGAUUACAGGAGAAAGAAAUCUAGGAAAUUAAAGUGGAGCCUCCUGUAUGUAGAAAUCUUCAGAAGGGGAAAGUGACAUGAAGUACUGUAGAUCCAAAUGCAGCACUACAAGUAAGGUCAAUAUGGCCAUAAGUGAAAGAAAAGCAAAAUUGGCUGCUAAUAAUGGCCUUAGCAACAUUAGAUAGGAACCGGUGCAGUUCAGCAAAACUCAUUUAAAGCAACACCACAGAAGAAACUCUGUAAGGAAGCAUCAACAAAAAGACCCUCCAUUGUGGAUGAAAUAAAAUGAGAAAAGGUAGAGAUUCCACUUGGAGUGGAGACCUUGAUCAAAGUGUAUAUGAAAGCAGUGAGAUCACACAGUUUUAUCAAAAAUACAAAAGUGCAGAAUUAUAUAUUAACAAGUGAGGACUUGAACAUCACAAUGGCAAACAACAAUUUCCCGAUUCACGCAGACAUUCAAGAUAGCCAAAACCUUAAGAUAGGAUAUGGAACAUACUAUUCAAAGGCCAUCCAAAAAAAUUCAACUGAAUGUUCAGUGAGGGCACUCUUAAAUGUAAUAUCGUCACCAGAAAAAAACAGAAACACAAAUGUUUUGGGGAGAAUAUAUGAAAAUGUUCAAGAACGUAAUUAUGAAGCAACAAAAAUAAUCAAAACACAGAUGGAAACCAAAAACAUCCAAGUGAAUGGAAUGGAAUGGCAUGAAGUAACGACGAGAGAAUUUCCACUAAGAUGUAUGGUCUUGCCACUGAUCUCUGGCAGCCUUAUGACUCCUACUAAGAUGUAUGAGAUGGUCAUUUAGCCAUGCCAACCGUGAUGCCUCAGUGCCCAAAACUAUUUGCACCAUCAAGCCAAAAGAGCAUCUUGUACUUAAUGGCCAAAAUGGACCAGGGCAAGACAGAUGUGACUUUAAAAUGCAAAACUGUGUAUUCAGUAAAUGCUCUCAAAAUAAAAAUAGUGUCUUCCCGGUGCAACAAAUAAUUUUAAAAACAUUCUAAUAAAAAAACACAGGAGUAGCAUUAAAGAGUGUUAUCAAGUAAGAGAGUUUUGAAUUAAAAGAUCAUUGCACCAAAAAAAGGGAAUUUAUAUUAUCCUUCAUGAAAAGAUUGGGUAUAUUGACCCCCAAGUGUCACACACAGCUCAGCUCGUCCAGGUAUAUUGGGUCAGACGCCAGCAACCUGAACACCGCACCAUUGCCCAAGCUCACACACACCUCCACCUUUGUCUUUGCACAACGCUCAACCAUCCGUUUCUUCCUCCAGGACAAUUCCGAUUUCUUCAGUGACUAAAGUUUUCAAUAUGAUCAUCAGUUCCAGAUAUCCUCUAACUUUCUGACUCUCUCUAGACAUUCACAGCUCUUCCCGUGGCCCUUGCUCUGAUCUUCUUCUCAUUAUUACUUUCCAUCUUACUCGAGUGUUCUUUUGUUCUCGUCCCCUUUACUUGCCCCCCUCUAUUUACAUUAGUGGCUGCCAUUGGGCACUACUAAACAGCAUUGAGCUCAUUAAGGUGAAUGCACUUAUGUGCUGGCGCCAGAUCACCCGCAGGGCAAGUAAAAACUAAAAUCAAAUAAUACUUAAACCUCUAACACACACUUCUGUGACAUGCCCUGUCACACCAACCUGAUCAAUCCUUUUAAAGUUCAAGAGCUUUUUACUGAGUCAUAUCACCCUGAGGACUCUUUCUAAGGGUCACAAGCCUCAUUUUGAUUUACCCCAUGCUGAUGGUUCUCUCUAAGAUACAUGAGCCUGUGCCGGUCUUAUGACUCUCACUAAGAGGUAUGAACUGGUCACUUAACUAUACCAAUCUGACAAAUCCUUUUCCAAAUCCUAAGCCAUUCCACCUUAAUCCUUCAUCCUGGUGGUCCCAACAGGGCAUGUGAGACAGGCAAACCAUUUCUAGGCCUGGACAGCAGCAGAACCAUCGCCCCAUAUGAAGGACAACUGGGCUUGGAAUCAUAAAGUGACUUCUUCAGCAACACCCAGAGCUGGGCGCUCCAUACUUCCAGCCUUCGGUCUGAGGCUCAGGCAAUGCCUCCAAACACUGAGUUUCUUUCAGAGUGUUGUUGUCAGCUUUUAAAGACUCU